CCGUCUCUACGGCGCGUCACUAAGGUAAAAAGAGUCGCACUUUGUUGAUGUUUCUUCCUAAACCAGCCAAUCCCUGCAGACUUCAUUCGGCGCCUAAAGAAUAGGGACCUUUUGAGAGAAUGGUGCGGAGUUUGUGACAGGGAACAAGGACGGAGCAUGGCUGCUCUGCCGCAAAAUAAUCUCCAGAAGCAACUGGAACUUUUCUCUGCUAAGGGGACUUCCAACAAGCUUUCUCUUCAGAAAACUAAAUCCAGCAGUGUUUUUACCUUUAAAAAGAAAUGUUCUCCAAAUGUUUCAGCGUCGACUGGCUUUAUUCCAUUUCAGCAACAUGUUUUAAAGGACAAAAAUGUAAAUGUCAAACAAGAUGGCACCCACACAGCUUUGCCUAAAGCUACAGAACGCAAUAAAAUAAAUUGUUUUUUCACUCCAGUCUACACAAAGUCUGGACAGCCUCCACAGGUAGUGGCACUAAGGGACCAUGUCCAUGGUAAUGACUCUGCAAACAAGCCCCCAAGUACAGAGGAUGCUGCUUCCAAGAAAACAGGGAUUAAUACUUCUUUCGGUUCUGUCACCAGCUUGGAGGAAUGGGAUGAUCUUGAUGAUUUUGACACAUCUGUGUCUCCUCCCAAGAGCCAUGCUGGGAAAAGUGGAAAAACUCCUCAGAAAUGCAAGAACACUAGUCCUGUUACUUCUUUUAAAAUUCAAACUAUAAGCCCUGAAGGGCCAACCACUGAAAAGCAUGACUGUGCCAAGUUACUAUAUGACAACAAUGAGGUUGCUUCUGAGCCACGAAAAAACCUUCACGCUAAAACAGCAGAAUCUCCAGACCAGUCAUUAGUAUGUCUUGCAUCUGUGGAGCCUACAAAUUUAGGUAGUGCAGAGAGAGACAUGUGUAGAAACACAGAUUAUUUAGGGACUGAUGAUCUAGAACACGAUCAAGAGACACUUUCACAGGUGCUUAUUGAAGAAGAAGAUGACUGUGAACCUGAUUUUAUUCCCCCAUCCCCAUCAGAUGAAAGUCUGUCCUCUCCUCCAGUUUUAAAAGUUAUCAGUGCGCAAAGAAAACACAAAGUCUCCUCUUUGACAGAUGUAAAUGACUGUGAGAAUACAACUGAUCACCUGCAGGGUCAAAGUGUCUCUACAUCACUUGACUCCAAAGUGCCUUCUCAACUUUACACUUUAAUGCUGGAAAUCUGUGACUUGGUUGACAAGAUUCCAAUAUCAGAGCUACAUGUGCUGUCUUGUGGGUUGGACCUUAAGAAGAAAAGGGACAUGCGGAAGCGCCUCUUAUCAAAUGACUCUGUGUUUAGAUCAUCUCCUGCUGAUAGCUCAACUGUAUCUUUGACUUCCUGUACAUCCUCCACCCAAAAUAGGGACUUUAAUGUUAAUGCCCCCAAGGGUGCAGAGAGUCUCUCAGGAUCUUCUGUGAGCAAAGUCUUUAAAUUUAAUAAAUUGGCUGUACAUGACAUUGGCACAAAGGAAAGUGAAAAUUCUGCUAAUUCUGCCCCCAAUUUCAUGGAGAAAAUUGGGAACAAAACUUCAUUCUCUUUCCGGGCAGGAGGAGAUUCAAUAAUGGAAAACUCCUUCAAUUUUCAUAGCAGUGUUCUCAGCAACAGCCAAUUUAAUACUCCACAAAACGAGAAGCCAAUUUCAUCUAGUACCUGUACCAGACCCUACAGCCAGCCCAUAGAUGACAUGGAUAACCCUGAUCUUGAUUUUGAUAUUGAUAACUUUGAUAUUGAGGACUUGGAUGAUAUUCAUUGCUUGGACAGCCCUGCAGCUCCAUCUGUUUCCAGCAAAAAUGUUCCACAGUACCCAACAAUACGGGAGGCACAAAUUGAUUCCAGAAAUAAAGAGAAAAAUACACGUAAUAACACUGGUGAUACAACUAACCCGUCAUUGUUAUCAGACUCUCUACUGAAACCGCAGAUAGAGAACCCAGCCCAUGAACGAUUCAGAGGCUUCAACUUUCCUCACUCCAAGGAAAUGAUGAAAAUUUUCCACAAGAAAUUUGGUUUGCAUCGGUUCAGGACCAACCAGCUAGAAGCCAUAAAUGCAUGCUUGUGUGGGGAAGACUGCUUCAUUCUUAUGCCAACAGGUGGUGGAAAAAGUCUAUGCUACCAACUGCCAGGCUGCAUAUCCCCAGGAGUUACAAUUGUCAUCUCUCCACUCCGCUCUCUGAUUGUAGACCAGGUUCAAAAGCUCACCUCUUUGGAUAUUCCAGCUACAUAUCUCACUGGAGAUAAGACAGAUGCUGAAGCUGCUAGUAUUUAUUUGCAACUCUCUAAGAAAGACCCCAUUAUAAAACUUCUCUACGUCACCCCAGAAAAGGUCUGUGCAAGUACCAGGCUAAUUUCAACCAUGGAAAAUCUAUAUGAGCGUCAGUUGCUGGCACGAUUUGUCAUUGAUGAGGCUCACUGUGUCAGUCAGUGGGGCCAUGAUUUCCGCCCAGACUACAAGCGCUUAAAUGUGCUGCGCCAGAAGUUCCAGUCUGUACCAAUGAUGGCUCUCACAGCAACUGCAAACCCCCGAGUGAAGAAGGACAUUCUUAACCAACUAAAGAUGACCAAACCCCAAAUAUUUACAAUGAGCUUUAACCGAGACAACUUAAAAUAUGAAGUGCUUCCAAAAAAACCCAAGAGGGUGGCAUUGGACUGUGUUGAGUGGAUCAAGAAACAUCACCCAAAUGAUUCCGGAAUCAUUUAUUGUCUGUCUCGGCAUGAAUGUGAUACAAUGGCAGAUACUCUGCAGAAGGAGGGCCUUGCUGCUCUUGCGUAUCAUGCAGGACUUGCCGACUCCAACAGAGAUUAUGUACAGCACAAAUGGAUAAACCAAGAUGAUUGCCAGGUAAUUUGUGCUACCAUUGCCUUUGGAAUGGGAAUUGAUAAGCCAGAUGUGAGGUAUGUCAUUCAUGCCUCUCUACCAAAGUCUGUGGAGGGAUAUUACCAGGAGUCAGGGAGAGCUGGCCGAGAUGGUGAGACAUCCCACUGCCUCCUAUUCUACAGCUACCAUGAUGUAACAAGAAUCCGUAGGCUAAUACAAAUGGAGAAAGAUGGAAACAGCCAUACAAAACAGACGCAUUUUAACAACCUAUACAGUAUGGUACACUACUGUGAAAAUGUGGUGGAAUGUCGCAGGAUGCAACUUCUGUCUUACUUCGGUGAAAAUAAUUUCAAUCCAAACUUUUGCAAAGAGCACACACAAGUUGCUUGUGAUAACUGUCUCGGGAAGAAGAACUACAAAUCCAGAGAUGUGACAGAUGAUGUGGGAAACAUUGUGAGAUUUGUGCAAGAUAAUUGCUCCUUAGUACAAGGACGUGGCAAGGGUAGAAGUAACAACACUCGAUUGACCCUUAACAUGAUGGUAGAUAUAUUCCUAGGCUCUAAGUCUGCAAAAAUCCAGACUGGUUUAUUUGGGAAAGGAGCUGCUUAUUCACGACACAAUGCAGAACGUCUCUUCCGGAAGCUAGUCCUGGAUAGGAUAAUAGAUGAAGAGCUUUACAUUACUUUCAAUGAUCAGGCUGUGGCGUAUGUAAAAAUGGGAGAGCGGGCACAAGCUGUGCUAAAUGGAUUCUUGAAGGUUGAUUUCCAAGACACAGAAAGUGCAAGCAGCAUCAGAAAACAAAAGGCAUCAGUUGUCACCAACACUUCCCAAAGGGAAGAAAUGGUCAAGAAGUGCCAAGCAGAGCUCACAGAACUCUGCAAACGCUUGGGCAAAAUAUUUGGAGUCCAUUACUUCAAUAUCUUUAACACGGCCACCAUACGGAGAAUUGCAGAGUCACUAUCUCCUGAGCCUGAAGUAUUACUUCAGAUUGAUGGUGUUACAGAGGAUAAGUUGGAUAAAUAUGGUGCUGAACUCAUCGAUGUUUUACAGAAAUAUUCCGAAUGGACACUUCCAGUUGAAGAUAUUUGCCAAAAAUCUGGUGGGCCUGCUAAUGUCUCUGCAAGGAGAUAUAAUAGCGAUCAUGAUGAUGAUGAGAGUUGUGAUAAGUCCUCUUACUUCAGCUCCAACAACAAGAAAGGUCCAAAGCGGAAAAAUUCUGCGUACUUUGGGAAGUCCAAAAAACGAAAGACUGGAGGAGAUGGUCAGCAGUCCCGUUCCAAGAAUGGGAAUAGUUCAUACGCUAGGAAAAAUUCUACUGCCAAAACAUCUAGUAGCUACAUCAGUGGUUCAAAGACAGGAGCUGACAAAAGACCUGGGUUUAUGGCUCCACCAAUGCCUCAGCCCAACAGACGCUUCCUUAAACCAUCCUACUCUAUGUUUUAAUCUGCAAUAUUAUCUCGGACUGACAAAACCAUCUGUAUAUUAUGUAUAAUAUAUAAAUAUAUAUAUUUGUUGGAUUUCUAUGUUUCGUUGAAAGUAAUGUAGAUGCUAAUAAAUUAGUAUUAACUUG